CCCGCAUCUACCACCACAUCAUCUCUAAAACUCCGGCAAUCGCCACUCUGAUCUCUUCUUACUCUCAGUGUUUUGCUUUAGUGUCUUUGUUUGUGUGGAGGAUGAAACAGGGGAAUCUGGAAACUCUGGUAUCAGCAUGUGCUGGCGGUUCCUGCGAUCGGAAAAUCGCUUGUGAAACGCUAGCUACGGCUCAAGACCAGGUCGGCCGGGAAGGAGUCCCGCAGGAGAAGGUGGAAGAAGAAGAGAUCCCUCCGGAUUUUCCGCCUGAAUCGUUCUGGCUCUCUAAAGACGCGGAGUUGGAUUGGUUCGAUCAGAAUGCGUUUUAUGAGAGGAAAGAAUCGCAGAAAGGUAACUCCGUGUCGAAUUCGGCGAAUCUUAAUCCCAAUCUGAAUCGGAGCUCCAAUUCGAGUUCUCAGCGGUUCUUGAAGAAAUCGAAAGCUUCCAUCAUCGGCUUGCCGAAACCGCAGAAAUCUUGUUAUGUUGAUGCGAAGAACUGGAGAAACAAUAAGGCUGGGAGCAUUCGGUUGUUUCCUAAACGAUCUGGAUCUGCUAACAAAUCUGACGCUGGUCUCGUCGAACCGUCAUCACCGAAGGUUUCUUGCAUGGGAAGGGUGAGAUCGAAGAGGGACCGGAAUCGCCGAUUAAAGAACCGCCAAAAAUCAACCAAAUCGGAAAAGGUCAAAAAGGAUACAAAGCCGGAGCGAAGGAGAACAGGUUUCUUUUCGAGUUUUCGUGCCAUGUUUGGGUCCCAUGGGAAAUCGCGUGAAACGCACGCGCCGCCAGUGGAAUCGCCUUCAACAGGCAAAACAAGCGAUAUCAGGAAGCGUUUGCCGCCGGGUGAUUCCGAUGCUGUACCAGUGGAUUCCUCGUCACCGCCGAGAACUAGCAUAGAGGCGGUAGGUCUGGGCGGAAUGAAGCGGUUCGCGUCGGGUAGGAGAUCGGAGCCGCUAAUCUGAAGCAUGGUAUCGGCUCGGAGGGAAGAUUUCGUGUGUGAGGGGGAAGAGGGCUCGUGGUGGGGCCACAGCUGAGAGGAGUUGGUUUGCUUGCAGUCGUGAUUGGGCACUUGUGGACCCCGCUUUCUCGUUCAAAUUUCCAUUGGGCUGACGUGGACAUCGUGAAAACGGUUCCGUCCUUGGAGGUACAACAAAGGAAUAGUAACUACCGCUUUUUUCUCCACGUCUUUUUUUUUUUUGUAUUUUAGUUUAUAGGAUUUUU